UGCAAUACGCCGAUUAUAGUUAUGAUUGUUUAAAGUAUUAGAAUAUAAAAAUUUAUUCAAAUAAUUGAGGUGUUCUACAUAUUAGUUUAAAGUGAAAAUUCUUCUCUUUUUCGGCUUUAGAUGGAGUAAUAUUGUGGCCUUCAGAAUGAUUGGCAUUUCUCUCAUAAAGAUUUUCGCUGGUAAUUGUGAAACAUAACUGCUGAUUUUAUGCCUUUGGAUGAAUUUCAUCCCUUCAUUGAGGCUUUGUUGCCUCAUGUUAGAUCUUUCUCUUACACCUGGUUUAAUCUUCAGGCUGUUAAGAGAAAAUAUUUCAAGAAGCAUGAUAAACGAAUGAACAUCGAUGAAGAGAAAAUGUGCCGUGAAGAGCUUCAGAAUGAACGUAUAGAAAUUAAACAGAAGUGGGCAUCACGACUUUUGGGGAAGUUGCGAAAAGACAUCACACAAGAAUGCCGUGAGAGUUUUGUUCUUGGAAUUACGGGCAAGAAAUCAUCAGGAUGUGUACUGAGUAAUCCAGAUCAGAAAGGAAAAAUGAGGCGCAUUGAUUGUCUCAGACAAGCUGAUAAGGUCUGGCGUUUAGAUCUUGUGAUGGUCAUUCUGUUCAAGGCAAUUCCUCUAGAAAGUACUGACGGAGAACGGCUAGAAAAAUCUCAUGAGUGCCUCCAUCCCACAUUAUGUGUCAACCCAUACCACAUCAAUGUCUCCGUCCGAGAACUAGAUCUUUAUCUAGCAAACUUCAUCCUUUCACAAGAAGCAUUAAGUGGAUUAAGAGAAGAUUUCGACCAGAGAAUUGAAGAUCAAGAGAGUACUACCAUCAUCACAACUGGUGUGUUCACUUCAACUGAACUGUAUAAGCUUUCCAAAGGUUCUAUUUUGGAGUAUCAAAAUGGUACUCAACAGCAGGAUGAUGAAGAGGAAAUCAAUGGCAAGCAACACGUUCAGCAGCAUGUUAUACGCUUAAGUCCAUCUUUUUACUAUGCAACUGAUGAGAACCAGACGGAACUGAUCGGUAUUCCGAGAGUUGUGGGAACAGUGACGACAGAAAAUAACCACUCACCUUCUCCAAAUGAUUUGGACGAUCCUUCUAGUCCACCGUGUGAGCCUAUUAGUAAACGAAUUCGCCGUAUGUCUUCUAACGAAGAUGAAUUGGAGAAAAAUGCAGCAACUGAUGGCACCUAUUACGUUCACAGUCCUUCGAGUUUAAACAGUCCUGCCUCUUGGAGUGGAGAGGUUGAGCAUGCACCAGUUGAGGUUAUUCUUUCAACUACAUCCAGCAUUUCGUCUUCUACACAGUCCAUUAUAUCUCCUCGAAACAGUGAUGAAUUAAACUCGACAGCAAAUUUGACUCAGCCCACAACCACCUUAGUUGUGCCUUUACAAUCAUCCGGUGUCCCAUACUACAUAGUAACCCAGGGAAAAUAUCAAGAAAAUGGAGACACAUUGUCUGAUUUUGUAAAUCUUGUUUGUCAAGAAGCUCAUAAUUCUAGUACAAGUUCUCAGUCUAGUUCUGAAUCAGACGUGCAAAGUCCUACGAAAAUUUCUCAUUUUUAUACAAGCUCCAUGCUGCCUCCACCACCACCUGCUCCUGUUGCUCGUCCUGUGGCAAUCAUAAGAGCAUCAGGUGUCAAUUCUGUGUCACCUUCAUCACCUCCACAAUCACCCCAGUCUCCAAAAUCGAAUGAUGCUAUGCAAGAUGAUGAUUCUCACUGUCAUCCCAUUCAAGGAGAUGAUCCAAAUUGUCAUCCAAUGCAGGAUGAUGAUCCAAGGUGUCAUCCAAUGUCAGACGAUGAUCCACACUGUCACUCUAUGCAAGAUGAUGAUAAUCCGUUGCAAGAUGACGAUCCAAGGUGUAAUCCCAUGAGGAAUGAUGAUGAUCCAAGAUGUAGUAGUCCAGUGCCUGAUGAUGUGUCAGAUCAUCCGUUAUCACCACCAAGCUCAUCUUCAGUUCUUUAUUUAGGUCCUACUGUGAGUAAUGCUGAUACCCCCCCUUUAAGUAGAUCCGUUUUGAACAGUCCUUUUACAACUCUAGUCCGACCUGAGCAUACUUUUGCACACAUACAUCCACAAGCACAGCUUUUCUCAUACCCAAGUAUCAGUCCUGUCAGUGGCUUGAGUGGGGUCAUUAGCCCAACAAGUCUGUCAAUGUUUACAUCUCCUGUGACAACCCCUCGUACAACUCCAAGAACUACACCCAUUCCUCGCUGGAGUGGUCAGUUCGUGUCAUUAGAUGAUAAUAUUGAUUACACUGUUAUGGCUGGACUUAUGCAUUGCAAUACAUCAGACUCAGACCCUCCACAUAUAAUAGGUGAGGAGCAACGAUUUUUUCCUGUUGUGCAUUCAAAUGAUGCUGUGGAUGCAAGCAGCCAAACUGGGACUGCAUCACCUAUUCCCAUGAAGUCAGAACCAUCUUAAAUCAGAAAAAAUAUUUGCACCAUACACUAAACACAGCUGUGGUAUCACUCAAUUUACUCAAGCAAUAUCAAUGCUUUUAAAUUUAAUUAGAUUAUAAUGUAGGACAUACUUUUAACAGAUUAAUAGCAGAUAAACUGUGUUAAUAUUGGAAAGCAAACUUAGUGAAACUUCCAAAGUUUAUUGGAAUCAAUUUUGCCUAGCCCUUAUGUUGUUGAAAAUUUAUGAAUGAUCUAAAUUGAAUGUAGGAAAUUAUUUUACAAAAAAAAAAAAAAAAAGAGGGGGGGGGGAUGAUGCUCAGUAUUGUUGCAAAACAAAUUUUUUUUUUUUCGUUACUGCUUAUGUUUUUUUGGAUUUACUUGUGAAAAUAAUAUCAUGUCCUAAAAAGUUCUGUUUGAUGUAAAAAAAAUAUAUGAAUAACAUUAUAAUAAAAAUAAAUGAUUCAGCGGCAUAUUUAUUAAACAAUGAAAAAGUAACACAAAUCAAUAUUCAUAUGCAUUAAAUAAAUUAUUGUGAACUUUUUCUAUUAAAUAUCAUGUUAUCAAGUACAGUCAAGCCCGCCUAUCAGAAUAUCGGUUAAAAGAAUAUCCCGCUUAAUAUAACACAUUUUCAAGGUACCAAACGAAUGUCAUGUGUUAUUUUUAUCCUGGAUAAUGGAAUAUCUCGCUUAUUAGAAUAUUAUUUUGUGGCAAAAUGGCUAUUCCAUUGUUCGACUGUAUAUGUUCACAAAAUAAUCUUUAAAAAACUUCAGUCUGAA